AUGAACAUCCACCGCCGCGACCGCGCCGCCAAGCCGGCCGGACCCGGCGCCGCGGCGCCCCCCCGCGACGCGUCCACGACGGCGGUGUCGCGGAGCGUCGAUUGCUAUAGCCAGUUCCGCCACCUGGCGGCGGCGUACCCAGUACCGGCGGCGACCAGCGGCGCCGCCGGCACCGCCGGCAGCAGCAGCAGCUUCACCAUGUACUACGGCGGCACGGGCGCCGGAGCGGAGGCGGCGGUGGUGGCCGGCCCAAGGGAGCUAAGCCUGUUCGAUGCGGCCACUGAUCACGGCUUGCACCUCGGCGUCGGGCGCCGCGGCGGCGGCGGUGACGGCGGCGAGUCGCGGACACCAGAAGGAUCAGAGCAGCAGGUUGCAGGUGAGCUGCCGGAGAGGGAGCUCGACUUGGAGCUCAGACUAGGGCGUCACACCAAGCAAUGA